CCGCGACUCCCCCGGGACCUCCGCCUCCCGCCGACGCCCCGCCGAGGCCAGAGGUAGCUGGGAAGGACCAUGGCUGACGUCCCCCCCGCGUCUCAGGAGUCCCAGGACAGACGCCUGGCCCGCAGAGGGACGCUGAGACAGAAGAAAGUGCACGAGGUGAAGGGCCACAAAUUCGUCGCCCGCGUGUUCAAGCAACCCACCUUCUGCAGCCACUGCACCGGCUUCAUCUGGGGGUUAGGGAAACAAGGCUACCAGUGCCAAGCUUGCUCUUUUGCGGUUCACAAGAGGUGCCAUGAAUCUGUUGUUUUCCCUUGUCGGGUUUCGGACAAGGGACCCGACACUGAUGACCCCAGGAGCAAGCACAAGUUUAAAGCGCACACUUACUGGAGGCCCACCUUCUGUAAUCACUGUGGGUCGCUGCUGUAUGGAAUGAUCCGUCAAGGGAUGAAAUGUGACACGUGCAGUAUGAACGUGCACCACCGCUGUGUGGUCAAGGUCCCCAGCCUCUGCGGGAAUGGACCACACAGAGAAGAGGGGCAGUCUGCCUGAAGGCCGAGGUCACUGGCGAAAAGCUCACUGUCACAGAUAGCCAAGCUGACAGUGACAUGGCUUCUCUCUCUCCUGCUGAAGAUGAUCUCAAGCUCCUGGAUUCUUUGCACAGGGACCUCAGUCCAUUCACUUUGACUUCAGUGACUCCUGCCAUGAAGAAGCAUUCUUCAAAUGGCCUUUGCAUGCUUGCACCUCUGAGAAGGGGAGAAACAAAUUAUUUCUGGGGCCUCUUUCAAGAGUACCCCGUGAGUAUGUAGGGACAUUGACAUUGACUGAGCCUAUGCAGAAUUUUAAUUGCUUCUAAUUAUAGGAUUAUCAUUUAAGCACAAGAUUAAUUGCCAUGAAAUUAUUGCAAUGAACUUGAUCUUCUAGAAAGUAAGUGCAUUAGCCAAGUGAGGAAUCUCAUAGAAGAUUGCAGAUGACUUUUAAUCACUUCUGUGGAAACUUUCUUUUAACUCGGAUGGGGGAGGAGGUGUUACAGGGAUCAGGAUGGAAGUGGAAACAAAGAGCUGAUCAAGGCCCCUUUUGCUAUCCUGCCAAAAGGUUGGAAUAUUUGAGUAUUCAGUGUUUGAGUUUCAUUUGGUUCAGCCAUGAAAAUGCCUCCAAAUAGCCCUGGCCUGUGUAGCUCUGUUGGGCAUCAUCCUGUGCACCCAAAGGUUGCAGUUCUACUCCCGAUUGGGGUAAAUGCCUGGGCUUGUCGGUUCGAUCCCUGGUGUUUCACUCUUGCAUCAAUGUUUCUCUCUCUCCCUCUCCCUUACUCUCUCUAAAAAAAAAAAAAAAAAAAAUCAAUAAAAAAAUUUUUUAAAAAGAAAGUGUCCCCAAAUAAAGGCAGAGAUAUUGCCUCUCGAAUUCAAAAAUAUAAAGGAGUUAUUUUCUCCCAGUCUGUGGCAUGCCUUCUUAUUCUCUCAGUCUCUUGAUUUUCUUUUCUUUUUUAGUAGUGUAUAGAGAGAAUAAUGAUAUAUAAUUGUUUUCCAAAAUAAAUGUUGGCAAAUUGAAAAGUGUAAUAGAGAAAAGAUCCAUUUACAAUAAAGGUAAAAUAAAAAACGA